AUGGUUAAUGAAUUGCACAUAAAAAGGAAGGAUGGUAAUUUGGGUCUUAAGCUGGACAUCUCUCAAGCUUUUGAUAAUGUGAGUUGGUCCUUUGUUAUGGAGGUGUUUCGUCAAUACGGUUUUUCAGAAGAUUGGUGUUCUUGGAUUCUAAAUAUUCUGAAUUCUUCCCGUAUUUCUAUUCUUCUAAAUGGUAGCCCGGAAGGUUACUUCAAGAUCAAUAGAGGUUUGCGUCAAGGCGACCCUCUUUCGCCUCUUAUUUUUGUUUUGAUAGAGGAUGUUCUUAGCCGAAACAUUACUGAACUCUUUCAAAAUAGAGACAUGACUCAUAUGGUAAGGCGCAAUGGUAUAGCUCCAACUCAUCUUUUCUUUGCUGAUGAUAUUAUGAUUUUUUGCAAGGGUAAUAUGAAGAGUGUGACUAAUUUGGUGAAGUUACUUGAUAUGUAUCAACGCGCUUCUGGUCAAUGUGUUUGUAGAGAGAAAAGUAAGAUUUAUUUUGGUGGGGGGUCUUUAAAUAGGCGUCAAACAAUUGCUGAUUUCUUGGGCAUGGGUAUUACUUACUUUCCGGACCGCUAUUUGGGGGUUAAAGUGAUGCCAGGUGCUGUGAAGUAUAGGCAUAUCAGCAACGUAGUAGAUAAAUUGGAGGACCAACUCUCGGUAAUGAAAGUUAAGGAAGGUGGUCUUGGGAUUUCUAGUCUUCGAACUAUGAAUAAGGUAUUGAUUAUGAAGCUGUGGUGGUCUAUUAGAGCUUCGGAUAAAAAAUGGGCUCGCUUCUUGGAAUCCAAAUUUACUUGUAGAGAUGGGCGUAUCAAAGUUGCUGGAGUUAAAUCCUUUAUUCUCCCUGGAAUUCUUUGGGUGCAUAAUGAUGUAGUUAACAAUACCAAGUGUAUUAUUGGGGAUGGGAGAAGCACUUCUUUAUUUUUUGAUGUUUGGUACGGAGUCACCACUUUGGCUGAGGUGUUGAAUCGUACAGACCUGGAUAGAGAUGCUCGUUUUUGUGACAUUAUUGUGCAGGGUCAGUGGGUUUUACAGGGAGAUCACCGUCAAGACCUUACAAAUGUCGGAGUGUUCCUGGAAGAAUUACUGAGAAUACAAGGUGGUUUGGAUAGGAAAGUCUGGAUGCCUGAUCUGAGAGGUAACUUUUCAGUUAAAUCUGCAAGGGAACUGAUUCGAACGAAGUAUCCUAUAAUGGUAGAGGCGAUAUUGUUAUGGAGGAGUGUGGUCCAUCCGUCACUAGCGGCUCAGAACUGGAAAUUUGUUCGAGGAGCUUGUGCAACACUUGACAAAGUUCGCAGCAGGUUCAAGAUCGCUCUUGCAUCUAAAUGUUGUGUGUGUCAGAAUGAUGAAGAGUUCCUAGAACACAUUCUAUGGAACUGCAGCUUUGCUAAAAAGGCUUGGAAUUGGAUUUCAGGUAUUUUCAAUCUUACUCCUCAUUAUAAUUUGAUUUCUUCUAACAAAGCAGCCAAAGGGUGUAGUAGAAUGGUAAAAGAUCUGUUGUUGGUUUCUAAUUUGGUUCUGCGAUCUGAAUUGUGUGCCUUAAGGGGCAAUCCGGGGGUUGCAGGGGAUGGAGUUGUUGCUAGAAAUGUUAAUUCUGAAGUGGUUGGCGCGAUGUGUAUUGGUCUUAGAAUUGUUUCAAAUUAUAUGGCGGAACUGUAUGGGAUUCAUCUUGGUCUCGAAUGGGCUGUUCAAUGGGGUUAUAGAAACAUUUUGAUUCGCACUGAUUCGUCUAGUGUGAUAACAACCUUGGAGGAAGAUAAUGUGCCUUGGUUUGCACAGCAAAGAUGGUCUGAUGCCAAAGGUCUUUAUGAUACUAUUAAGUUUGUGCACACUUACCGUGAGGCAAAUUUUGCAGCUGUCCCAGAGAAGAAUGAAGAAAAGAAACUGGAGUUGUUGCUGUUGAAUAGAGACGAUGAGAAGGAGAUCGAAGAAUUGAAUCCGAGGAAAUUGAAAAUGGAUAUCAGGGUUUGUAAUGGAGGAGAUGAUGUUCUUGCUGUUGAUAAGAAUAUUCAGAGAUGGGUUGGCUUUGAACUCGAGUAUGGUGACAGGAAGAUGGAUUUGGUGCCUGAGAUGGAUGGAAAUGAAGUUGUUGUUGGCUUGCAGGUGGUGAUCACAAUACCUAGGUUUGAGCUGGAAAAGAUACAGGAAGUUGGUGUUACUACAGAGAACUGA